AUGGCCGAACUCAUCCUCUCAGCCGUUGGCGUCGGCAUCGCCAUUCCUGAGUUCGCCAAGACCGUCACCAAAAGCCUCGACUACCUCGCUGACUUGGGGAGAAAGUACAAAAAUGCACCGAAGAUAGUGCAAGAGAUUUCAGUUUUUGCGAGAGAUCUUGGUCAGGGCAAGUUGACUCUCGAUGUCAGCCUUGCCGAGUGGGCAAGCCGGCUCGAGGACCUCAACCCAAAGUUCAAGGACAGCUUGCACGAUUACUUGCAGCGCCUGCAGGAGAGUGUGGUUGAGACUUCGGCAGCUAUUGAGAGGCUUUACGACAAGGAUGGGUCUUUGAAGAGAUUCUAUUUCUCGACGGUGGGAGAGAGACGAGUUACGAGGGCGGCCAAGAAGUUUCAUCGCUGGCAAGAGGAUUUCGUGCAAUUGAUUGAGUUGAUUGAGAAAGAGAAGAGUCUCACUCACAGAGACUUGUUACUCUCUAGCGAUCAGCUUAUGAUUUUCAGCAAAGGCGAUGGCGAGCAUUUAUCACCGGUUCCCAACUCUCGCCGGCUUUUUGUGGGGAAGGGAGAGUUUAAGAAUCACGGCGGCGGUAUUAGCACCAUCGAUAUUCUCGUUGAAAGACGCCCUUUGCCCAUCGAUGAGAUAUCAGUAGCCCGCGUGGCUUCGAGGCUUAGCAGGGCCAAGUGCGACAGGGGCAUUUUGGCAUGUAUCGGAUACCGGCAAAAGAAUGGUAUCGAGCUACUCUUCCGGAUUCCAUCUUAUCUUCACGACCCUCGACCAUUGAAUCAAAUAAUCGGCACUACCGACAACGGAAGGAGGAUACCUUACCCUCUCGAGAGCAGGCUAGAGCUGUGUCACGAACUCUGCCGUGCGGCCCUCUCUGUUCACACCUCCAACUUUGUUCACAAGAAUAUCCGACCCGAAAACAUUCUUCUCUUCCGAAACAGCAACAAAACCCAGACUACGAAUGGCUUUGGUUGCGACGAACUCGGUGUGCCGUUUCUCACGGACUGGUACAUGCUUCGCUCGUUCGACGACCUCUCAAGCCGACGGGGCGUCAACGACUGGGUUGAGAAUAUCUACCGACACCCCCAACGACAAAGUCUUGAGCCCCAGGCUCGAUACAACCUCGGCCAUGAUAUUUACAGUCUUGGAGUCACUCUGUUGGAGAUAGCUCUGUGGGAAUCCUUUGUCAGCUCCAAGGACCCCCCCGAAAUAUCACAGCGUUACAGAGAUACUGCGAUGGAAGUCGGCGGCCUAACAUCAAGCACCAUGGAUCCAGCCAGAUUGUUUAGAAAGCUGACAGCUGCGGUCCUUGCCCAAAAAGUCAUGGUUAAGUUGGCGAGAGAGGAAGUUCCAUCAAGGAUGGGCACUUCGCUGUCUCAUCUCAUCGUGGCUUGUCUGACAUGUUUAGAAGGGGGAAUGGGAGAAGGGAAUAAUUUCGAGGAGAACCCGAAUGAUGCAGCGCUGGGGUUCCAUGAGCUGGUUGAUGAAAGCUUUCCUAAUUAUGUUUAG